CGAUCCGAGGAUCGCUCAGGACCCUGGGGGAGAUCAAUUGGCCCAGGGCGCAGCAAGAGACUGCAGCCACCGCUCGAUGCUCUCUACACGGCUACAGCACUAUAGAGCUCAUCCUUCUUCAUCAAACCUUCAAGAGCAAUACCGUCGAUUGCGAUUGAGCGGCCAGCGCUGCACCCACGCUAGCCAGCGCCACACGAGGGCGGACGCCGCGGCACGCUAGGCGGUCAGCACGUAAUGUCCACGGCUACUGGGCACAACGGCAGCGGAGGAGUCGUCGAAAAGCAUGAUGCAUCACUGCUACUCGUGUACAUUGAAUCAUUUCGCAGAGCGCUUCGCCGCGCCAUGCUGUCAAAGGCUUUGUUCUGCGGAUUGAGGCUGCCUGAGACACGCCGAUCACCGCCAGCGGGCGCUUUUGGGCAAUGCCAGAACGAGCCGUGCAGAGCUGCCUCUCCACUGCUCUCUCCAAUUGCUGACCGGCACGCGUCGCACUGCGCGGCAGCACACGCACUUCAGUCACCAAGGAGACUCCCAUUCCAGCACUUCGAACGGCUUCUCGAAAUGCACGGGGCAGAUCGCUGCUCGCUUACGGAAACCCUGGCCGCCGAUCAAUCGCAAAUAUUCCCAAAGCGGAAGCGACGAGGCCGUGAGCUUGUCACCCCGGCACGGCGAUGCGCUUCAGGGUCCUCAGGGGCUCUCACCACGUUCUUGUGCGACCUCCUGGCUCCCACGACGCCGCAGUAG